UUUUCGGACCCAGCGCAGCGCACCGUCCUCCCGGAACUACAUUUCCCGACAGGACGCGGGCGCGCGCACGCGCACCGGGGCCUCCGCCAUGGCGACAGUGCUGUCCAGGGCGCUCAAGCUCCCGGGGAAGAAGAGCCCUGACCUAGGGGAGUAUGAUCCCCUCACACAGGCCGACAGUGAUGAGAGUGAAGACGAUCUUGUGCUGGACUUGCAGCAGAAGAACGGAGGGGUCAAGAAUGGGAAGAGUCCUCUGGGAGAAGCUCCAGAGCCUGACUCAGAUGCUGAGGUGGCAGGGGCUGCAAAGCCACAUAUUUCGGAGGGCCCCACAGAGGGGUACCCCUCGGAGCCCCUCGGAGGCCUGGAGCAGAAGACAACCUCUGCCAUCGUGUCCUAUGUGCGCACGUCUGUGUUUCUGCUGACCUUGGUGAUCUCGAUGGUCCUGGUGCUCGUAUGUGCGUUCCUGAUCCCCUGUCCCCCCAGGGAUCUGCACAGCACUUGGAGCCGCCACUUGGGCCCCCAGGGAGGUGGGGACCUGUCUCCAUUGCAGUUGGCCGAUGUGAAUGGAGAUGGCCUGCGCGAUGUGCUUCUCUCCUUUGUAACUUCAAGGAAUGGCAGUGCCGUCGGUGUCUCAAGGCCACCUGCUGUUCUUGUGUGCCUUUCGGGGAUGAACGGCAGCACACUCUGGUCUAGUCCUCUCCCUGAGGAGGCUCGAGAUAUUACAUGUUUGGAUCUGAUGCCAGGAAGCAUGGCCGGAACCAUCUGCAUUGUGACAGGGAUGCACAAGAUGUUCAGCGCAUUCAAUGCGACAUCAGGGAAAGCCAUUUGGACUUUAAACCCAAACUACCUAUCCAACGGUACCCUGGCUGCCCCAGGUGUGGUACUGCCAGAUGUGGACGAAGAUGGCGUUCGAGAUCUUGUGGUUCUGGCUGUUGGGGAAUCACAGCCAGAUGUGUGUUUUCUGCUGGUGUCUGGCCGGACAGGGAGCCCAGUGGGCCGACCUGUGAAGUACAACAUCGUGGGAGAGGGGAAUCUGAUUGGUCCUCAGGUCUACAUCACCGCCAAUGGGGCUGUCUACAUCCUCUUUGGCUUUGGAAAUAUCCAAGCUGUCGCCCUGCGGGACAUUUUUGUUCAGGCCCAAAAUCGAGACAGCUCACCACCUUCUCUGCAGAUAGAAGAGCCAGAAUGGGAGAAGCGAAGAUCCAUCAACCUGUCAGAACUCAUUGACAUUUACAGCGACGGUGUUGAGCUGCUCCAGAUGGUGAAGGCACCGGAUUCCAACUGCAGCAACCUCCUGAUCACAACUGGACAGGCCCUCGUCCUGCUUCGGGGACAGAACCUCACACCACACUGGACCCUGAGUCUCCAGGGCCUACACAGCCAGCCCACCCCUGGGUAUUUCACUGACGAUCAGACGUUAGACUUCCUCCUGCAGAUACAGGAUGGAGUCGGGAUGAAAAAGAUGAUGGUGGUGGAUGGGGACUCCGGCUCUGUUAUUUGGAAUUACACUGCUCCAUGUCACUUGAAAAGAACACCAACCACCUCAGCAGUUACUUCAGACCAGAAGUCCGUCUUCCUCUUUUGGGCUGAAGGGCUGCCAGCUGCACCUUCCAAUUCCGAUGUCAUCCUAGGAACGGAGCCACCCAGCCUUCACCACCUUUACCUCCUGCACCCUGCGUUCCCCUCAAUUCUUCUGGAUCUGGCCAAUGCCACGGGCACAGUAACGGCUGCAGAGGUUGGAAUUAACGACCUCUGGAAAGAUGCCUUUUAUGUUACCAGGACAACGGGGCCAAGCUCCAAAGGCCACCCAGCACCCCUGGUGGUCAGCAAGCUUAGUCUGCGGUGGGCACUGAUGGAGGGCCAAAUGGUCCAGCUCAAGGAGACCACCCCCAAAAUUGGCCGUGGGGAGCUGCGCCGAUUCCUCUCUAGGAUCAAGUUUGUUGAUUCUCCCUUGCAGAUCUAGUCGGAUGCAGCCUUUAGUUUAAGAAGAAGUGAGCAGAACGGAUGCUGUUUCUCUCCUGUCAGUAUGAAAUCAGUGCUUUGGAGAGAAGGAAGAUGACUUCAACCUCCUUUUGCCACCCCUGCGAGGUGGUGGCAGAGCACUUUGGAAGGCACGUUGGAGUUCUUCAGUAACGGCACGAACCAUGUGGUCGGGGUGUGUCACCUACUUUUUCAACCUGUGCAUUAACCUCCCACCUCUAGGCACUCUGUGUGCAUAAUUUGGAAAUGUGAAUCUAAUAACUGUUUUGGUUUUUGUAUGUCUAACUUAUAAACUCUUGCUGGGAGAUUCCAGUGAAAUUCCUCACUGGGGCAGUUUGUUUUGCAUCAUGCCAUAUGUGUGUGGUUUUCAGCGUUGUGAUGAAAUGUUUUCUAGCUGUGUCCUAAGCUCCAGGGACUCAGUUUCUUGUCCUGAAAUACGUCUGGUUUGUUUGGUCAUCUUGAGGCUUCCAGAGGCCUGCCUCUGCUGAUCAGGGCCACUCAUCAUUCCUCUCCUCAUACUUUCCCCACCUGUUCCUCGGCUUUUUCUCAACCUCAGCAGAGUGAGAAAGACUGAUAGCAGGAGCCAGGGUGAGCCACCCCUACAUUCACCUCUUCCUUAUGUAUCCUGUCUCCUCACACUUCCCAUGUCUGCGUAUUGACCGACCAUAGAACCACCAUAUUCCCAUCAGAAGGGGAGCAAUGAUGAGGUCCACAGGUUACCCUGUGGUUUUAAUUGUUCUGCCGGUCCUCAUCUUUUUUUACCGCAGUAACGUUGAAAGUGCUUCUGUGUAUGCUGUCCUCAACAUCGAGGAAAACUGAAGUCGGGAACAACUGAGGCAGAUCCGCUCCUCUCUGCUUCAUCUCUACUCUGCUUCCUUAGCAUUUCCUCCUUACUGCUUCUCUUUUGCUCUCCUUUAUUCAGGGAUAUUUUUGCUUUGCUUGCAUGAGAGCAGAGCUGUUUCUGGACCUUUCCUCUUGCUCCCGAGCCCAGGAUGCAUCUCUUUUGCCCUGCACACCUCUUUCCUGGUAGAAUCUUUGAAGCAUUGUAUUUUGAGAAAAACUAUGUAAAUACUGUAACUUUUAUAAUUGGUUAAGUACUUUAGAAUUUUCUCCAGUGGUUCUCCCUUCUUCUACUAAGUUCUCUCCUAAACUUCUAGGCCAUGUGUAUUUAGCCGAGAUCCCGUGUUAACUGGAGGAGAACUGCUUUCUCCCGUGAAUAGUUUCGAUAAGUCAUCUCUGAGCGCCACUCAGGUUCUCUCUUUACUUGAGGCCGUAUUUUUUAACUUGUGUUAAUAAAGGAAUUCAGAAGAGAGAGAGAUUACGGAAAAUUAGGGAGCCUGCAUUGAUGGGAUAGUAACUACCCCGUUAGGCAUUAUGACAUCACAGAAGAUUGGUAGCAAUAGCUCCCCUCAGGCACGUAGCCUGGCCUGAGGUUGGCCUUGCUAUAGGUUUCUGGGCACCUUGCUGCCUUAAGUCUGUGAAAGCAAAUUUGGUUUCAACACUUUGGAAGGCAUGUGUUUGGGGCAUGAGUAGGUCAAGCUUAUUACAAACUUGAGGGACCAUUAACAGUGUACCCAGGAGUAUGGGGAUGAUUCCAGAUGUACUUCUAGGGUUUGAAUCUACCUGGAUAGAAGAGAGUAAGGCCUAGUAGAGAAUUCUAAGACUCAUUAUUUAUAGUUGACAGAAUACCUAAAACUUGGGUGGUGGUCCUGCAGCCUGGGCUGAGUCAUGGAGGCCUCAGCCUGGUUCUCUACCCAUGUUGAGGCCUUUAGGCAGGAGUAACGUGAAGUUGUUUUUGAGGAGCUGGUUUAGGGGAUUGUUUUAGGUAGUUGUGCUGGGUGAAUCCCAGAAACAAUGUAAGAGGAAGCUAGAAAAACAUAAUGCCCCUAAAUUCUUCAUGGUGUGUUUGCAAAUUAACAUAGAUUGUUUUGACUGUGAUAAGUUUGACUCUCUUUGCUAAACAUGGUACAAGCUCUAGAUUUCCUCUCCCUCUUGCAGCCAGUACAGAAGGUGUAAAUGGUGUCAGAGAUGGUGGAAGCUUCAUAUGACCAGUGUGGCUGCGGGUUUCUUGUUCAGUGUGUCUCUAAACAACUUUUCCUCUCAGGCAACCACCCACCCAGAUUUCAUUCUUCAUUUCCUACAUGGGGUUGCCAGCAAGGCCAAUGUGACAGUUCCCUAGAAAUAGUACUGGCUUCUGCAAGUGCAGGGGUCUUUCUCCUCCCAGUCUCUUCUCGUUCCGUCCCUUAGAAACCCUCUCCACCCCCCAGACGGUGUCUGCUGCCCUUGAAUGUGAAUUGCUGUCCUUAUUGCCCAUGUUAAAGAAGAGCCAGCUGGUGUGUUGUCAGGAAGUACUAUUUAAAGUGUGAACUGUUAGGUCAAUGGGGGAAAAGGAGACAUAUGUAAUACCUUCAACAAUAAGGAUUUAAAAAAUAAAUAAAAUGUGAACUGUUACAAAACAAAUAAAUACCAUGAAUAGGAA